CGGUGUGGUGUUAGUCUGUUGUUAAGAUGGAGAAUUGCGAAGGUGGAAGUGGUGGUGGUGGGAGUGGUGGUGAGGGAGGAAGUGAGGGUGGUGUGGGUGAAGGUGCGAGUGGUGGUGGUGGAGCUCCGUGGAGAUACAAAUAACAAAAUUUUGACGCCUCGAGGACACCGCGUCGCCCAGAUCCAGCAGAACAAUAAAAAUAACAAUAACAACAAUGCGAAAAAUAAUAAUAACACGGAUUUGGACCCGAACGACCCCCGCGUUAAGAAAUUGGUGUACACGAUGUACCGCGACAUGUUGACGAACUACAGUGGAGAAGCGAACGCCUUUAUCAGUCAGCAAGAUCCUGCCCUCGUCACGCGAGACGAUGGGGUUUUGCCAAUCAUUGAGACAAUUUUAAGAGGAGGCGGAAGCAGCUCGGGUGCUCAAGGUGCUGCACCUCCUCCGCCCCCACCCAUGGCACCGCCAGGAGCGAUUCUCUCCGUGAGACUGAAUUCUGAGAUUGGUCCAAGGGACAAGGGUCCCCCUGCAGCUCUUGCCGGCGCCAUGAUGAAGGACAAGAAGCCCUUCACCUACACUCCGGGAGGGAUUGACCUCUCUGAAAUCCGCAGUCCUCGAAUGGCUAAAAGGUUACAAAUGAACGCGGCUGCAGAAGGUGUAACCUCCGCGCCGAAACCGGCCGGCGGUGCGCAACAAGGAACGACACCUUCGCCGUCGGCAGGUCCCCUCCCACCCGCAGCAAUGGCCGCGAUGCAGCCGCAAAUGGCGUUCUGCGUAUUUCCGCAGGGAGCCGCACAAACGCUAAAUCGAACCCCAAAACCGCUCGAUUACACAGACGGUACUGGCGAAGUUUCUGUUCGACAAGGAAUAUCGAACGGAAACAAGAGUGGACCACCCCCACCACCACCUCCUCCUCCGAUGAUGGCCAAAAUCCCAUCCAAUAACACUUCUUCCGGACCGGCGUCAUCGCCCGCCGCGAUGCAAAUGCAACUUCACGCCGAGCUUUUGGCCCGUGUCCCAACACAACAGCCACCCACACCUCCAACCAACAUGGUCACCUGUCCCCAAUUUCCUGCUCCCCCCGUCAAAGCGAAAACACCACCACCUCAAAAUUACCCAUUUGAAGAGGAAAUUCGUGUUCGCCCCGUUACAAAUAAUAAUGUUGGACAGGGAAGCAUUUACAUACAACCGAUCAGCCCACCACCACCGGUCCAGCAGCAACAGCAACAAAUAUCUCGAAAUCAACCACAACAACAACAACACUACCGACAAGCGGCGCAGAACAAGGCGCAAAACUUGGGAUCGAUUUACAUCCCCCCAAUAGAGCAACAAGUUUCAUCCCCCACGUACAGCACGCCCAGUCCAAGCACGGCCCCCUCAUCGGCCGGGUCUAUGCCAAGGACGCCACCGCAGCCACAACCACAACCACCACCAUCCAUGCAAACUCCCCAGUUGAAAAAGACCCCCACCCCGUGGAUGAACUCGUACAAUAAGAUGGCCACCAAACAAGCCGAGUCUCCGCCGUAUGUCAACCCCGCAAAUAUUUCGACCCCGUGGGGAACCCUGGGUGGGAGUCAACCUGCUCCUUCCUCGUCACAAAUUGGUGGUGGAGCUGGAAUAGUGUACACGAUUCCGAUCGCCAUGGCGCAGAAGGAAGAUCCGCAAUUGGCGGCGCGUGGCGGUGGGGCCGCGUCACCGGAACAAAGCAAGGCAAAAGCAGCCCAACAUUUAGGCCGGGUCAUCCCGAUUCAGAUCCAACGACAGGAAAGUUUAAAUAAGGAGCAUCAAAUUCAGGCCGAGCAAGAGCGUGGGUGGCCGACACCCACGAGGACGAUUCCGAUCCAGGUUGAGACCAGAUCGGGCGGACAAACUCCGACCGGUGGAAUGAAGAAGGGAGCCACACCUUCCACAUAUAAUAAUCCGAUUGGGCUAUAUUCUGGACAAAAUGCGGCUGAAGCGUAUAAACAGCAAACUGGAGAUUUGGCAUCUGGAGUAAACAACGUGACCAUCGCGGACCAAGCCGAGAGGGAACCAGUCCAGUCCAAAUCGAUGCGAGUGAUUCAAAAAGUUGCAGAAAAUGAUCUGCGACGUCUUUCGUCCAUGGAUGAACGGCAACAACGACAAGGCAUUGGUGGGUUUGGUGGGUUUGGUGGUUGGCAGCAGCAGGAUGAGUACGACUUCGAUCCAUGGAAAAUGGACUUGUUUCAAAAUGAACAAAAUAUGUUCAGUCUCUUCAAUCCGCAAGUCGACGACGGAUCAUUUCUCCACAACACCGCGGAACCUCGCUUCCUAGGGGGUCACAUACCAUCGAAAGCUUUUAAAACGUUACAAACGACACUUCCUUCUGAAUCUGCUGGCAGUAGCAGUACUGCCCCUCCUGCCAGAACGACAAACAAAGUGCAAUUGGGUGGUCCCGUCAUGCACAACAUCCCCAUUCAAAUGUCCUCCACCUCUCCGACCCCUCCUUCCGACCGAGUCCCUUCCCCCGUCCCCCCGUCCGAACAGAGGGCCCUCUCCCCAAAAAAGUACAUGGGCUCAAACAUCCCGUCACGCUCGUUCAAAAUGUUGCAAGCCAUGACGGGACCCGAUCAGGAUGCGGAUGCACCUGACGCUUCUUCUUCUUCUUCAGACACGAACAUAGCUAAUAGUAGUGGGUGCGGUGGUGGUGGUGGUGGUGGUCUGUCCUCCUCUCCUUGUCCUUCCAUUUACCUCUCUUGGCAUUAUUGGUGGUACUACGUGACCUGUUACUGGGCCGGGUAUGACAUGACGGGGUACGAUUAUCCGGAAGGGUGGGACCCUGAAAACCCAUACUUUCCCCCAGAACUCGCCGGCACAUUGGCCCCCGACGGUUCUUCUUACUUUGACGUGCCACAAAUCGUGGUUGAGGGAAAUGACGAAUUUUGUGAUAGCAAUGAACAACAACUACCUGAAUCGACUGAAAAAUAUGUGGAAAAUAUGCAACAAUGUGAUGACGAGACUGAAGACGACUCCUGCUACGAUGAUGUAAAGUUAUGUAACAAGUCUGAUAAUUAUGGUUGGAUGAGUGAAGACGGGGACCGUUGCAACACGCCCAUUGUGGAAGAACCGUCCUCCUCGACGGUGUCGACGCUGUGUAAUUCGGAGGAUUCCGACGCCGCCACGAUUGUGGAUGAGGUCAUGUCGCCCUCUUCGAUGUCGAUGUUGAUUGAGGAGUACUUUUCUUCGUCAGAGAGUGAGGCUGCGGUUCGUCCGCCGGGGGGAAAACAUGUUCUCAGCACGAUUGAAGAGUUGACGGAUGAGUCGAGAGGCUCCACCCCUAGGAGCGGCAGGUUACAACAACAACCGGAAAUGGAAUUUGAGGAGGAAGUAGGGCAAGAAAUUGAGGGAGAGGAGGAAGAAGAGGAAGAAUCGCCCAGUGAGGAUGAAGCCUCCUCCGUGUCUGUGAUAGAAAACAAGUCUGCCUCACAAUCUCAACAGUCCGUGUCGAAACGGGAGGACGAGACUAGUUCGAGUUCUUCAAGUGAAGAAGAAGAGGAGGAGGAAGAGGAGGAAGAAGAUGGCGACGAUGAAAAUGAACCCGUCGCCGUCACGGUCAGACUCCCGCUCAAGUUGUGCUUUGGGAAGACGAAAAGUUAUAAAGAUAUCACGACCGUGUUGGUCGGAGAUGUGGACGUGGGUCGGCAGGAGGAAGAAGGGGAUGAGGCAGAAGGAGAUGAGGAGGGCGUCGAAGAAGAGAAAGUUACUGAGCAAGAGGAGAAAGUCAAAGAUGAAGAAUACGAAUGGCGUGAUGACGACGAAGGUGACGAAGAUGACGAACCCGUCGUUUCCUUCACGAUUUCUUUAUCGAGACAAACCUCCCGAGACGAGGAGAAGGUUCAUCCGGAAGUUGAGGAGAAAGUGGAUGACACAGAAAUUGAUGAGAAAAUGGGCGACACGGAAGUCGAGGAAGAACAAGAACAAGAGGAGGAUGUCGACUUUUGGAGCAAAAUUAUCGGUCCCUCGACUUCAAGUAAGAAAGAAGUGAAGAAACAGGACGUCACAGUCGUGGAUGAUUAUCGGGGCUCCUUCGGAACUAGUGGUGAACCCGUGGAGGAGGAAAGUCAAGAACAAUUUCAAGCCGUUGACGAUUUUUGGGGAACAGCAGAAACCGACCAAGAUGACGAACAAGAAUAUACAAAUAAUGAAGCCAAAAUUGAACCACCAGAGUCCGUAGAAGAAGUUGUUGAUCCACCAGCGACAACAAUAACCAUAAAUCUUGGCAAAAGUACAUCCUCCUCCAAAAUCGGGACAAGUUGGGACACCGAGUUCAACUUUUGGGACAAAUCUCUUCGAACAAUAGAAACCCGGCGAUUCUCUGGUAACUUUGAAAUCAGUGAAGAUUACGAGUCCGACUCUGGGAUGAAGAGCGACUCUGGUCAACGACAUAGGCGACACCGAGUCAAAAAGUUUAAGAAACAUUCCGUCCCCGUGGGCUUACCUGUUUUGAGGGGGAGGCAGUCCAGCCGAUCUCUGAAAUUGGAUAGCCGUCCGACCCCGUUCAGUUUCGUGUGGGAGACGGAAAGCAAAAACAAAUCCUCUCCGAAAUCGUCCCCUCCAAGAAAUUCGCCGGAAAUUGGAACAAAUUCUGCAAGAUCAGAAGCAGAAGAAGAGGAAGAAGUGGAAGAAGAAGUUGUCGAAAAAUCUGUCCCAACACCCGCAACAGACGAUGACACUCAACAAGGUGACGAUUUGUCGGUAGGAUGGUCAUUCUGGGACAGUAUUAUAGAUCGAAACAAUACAACCACCACCACGACGGGUAAUGACGCGGAUGAUUUUUCGCCAGAUGUCGAUGUCCAAAUCAGCCUCCCACUUCCGGUGGAUAGAGAAGAAACCGAUCCAGAACAAGGAGAAGAAGAGGAGGAGGAAGAAGAAGAAGAACAGGCAGGCAAUACGGUGGAGGAAGAAAUCAACGCGGAAAUUGAGGAGGAGAAAGUACUCGUCCCCGAGAGAAAGUUGAGCGAUGGGACGGAAGAAAAUUCUGAAGAUUCCUCCAAAAGCAGUGGAACCACGGUCAAAGGCGUCACGGCACGAAAUGAACAUGACGCCAAUUCGGACGAAUCUUUCAAAAGCAGCGUGGCUGCCGUGGCCGAGGUGGAAAUUGAGGAAGAUGAAGAUCCCGACGAAGAACAGCAGGAAGAAAAAGACUUAUCUGAAGCAGUAGCAUCCCCUGAGGAUGAAACACCCCCAGAUUUUAAAGAUCAAACCCAACCAGUGACAAAAUCGGACGAGAUAAGACCUCUAGAAAUCCAGGAAAUAUCCGAAUCCAUGAAACUAUCCAAAGACCAUCAAGGAAACAAUUGCACGUGCCACAUCGACUCCCAACUCUCCCGAGCAGAAUCCCUCCUCUGGCGAAUUGAACGCUUCCUCCACGAAUCUCUCAGCCUGGGGAGUGAAGACGACUCCGGCGUCAUGACCGACUUGAGUCGCCCCAUCUCCGACGUCGACACGGAUCCUGACGAACAAAACUCGAACGACCUUUUACUCACGACCAAUAACACUGCUGCGACUGCUAUAUCAUCAUCCUCAUCGGUGGUGGUCACCCGACGCCAAACUUCCUCCUCGAGUCGCUCUCUUCGUGAACAAGCCGCGUCCAACCGAGCCAACCCGAACAAUGCUCCCUCCCCUCGCCGACCAAGACCCCAAUCUCUCAUCAUGUUGGAGUCCUCCACCUCACGGGCAGAGUUCCAAGACACCGUCACGAAACCAAGGUCCCGCUCGGCCGAGAGGAAACGGUACCAACGGGCGAAAACGCACUCUCGUCUUUUCCAACUCCUCCAAGAUGAGAGUUCCUUCCGAGACGAGGAUGACGCCACGGAUGACGAAUUCUUCGACUGUGAGCAGCAAUUUGUUUCGAGUAAAACACCAUUAUCCUUCCUUCAUAAUGAGGACAACGAGGCGAAAUCCUCCCAUGAAGAAGAAAUUGACGCCACAACCACGACCGCGACGACACAACUGCAACUUCACGUCGACACGUCUACGCGGCGCUCCCGCCUCCCGCCCCUCCCCUUGAAAAGCAUCCUCCUCAAUUCUAACAGCACGGAAAUGGCGACAACGUCAAACUCGUCACCAUCCGGAUCUUCCGGCGUGUUGUCGCCCACCUCACCGCAAACACGUGACCGACUCUUGGCCGAUAUCAUUAAUGAGUUUCACCUCCGCCAAAAAUCCGAUUCAGCGACAACAACAACUUCGAGACGGGUCUCAUUUUCUCAGCCUGGAACAAAACGAUUUUCCAAGUUUCCUUCCAAAAUUUUCAAACUUUUGCAAGAAGAAUUUGGCGAAGAAUUUUAUCAAACUUUUGAACUUGGUGAAAUUGGGGGGAAACUUUCUCCAGGAGAGUUGUUAUCUCAAUCCCAUUUUUCGCUUAUGUCCGCUGUUGGAACGACUUCUACGUGUCAAGCACACUGUAACAAUGGCAGUGACCCCGUCGUCGCCUGUUCUUCGUCGUCGUGCUCCUUGGUCAAAUCGGACUCGGGGAAGUCGACGUCCGACUUUCUCGAAGUCCCGUUGCCCGCACCGUUGCUCCGAAGGAGAGAUUUUCGCUCGCCAAAAUCUCCAUUUAACAAAAAUUGAGUCAUAAUUAAUUAAUUUAUGACAGUUAGUUACAUUUUAAAUUAAUUAUAAUAUUGCUGCCAAUAUUUCUGCCACUUCUUUUUGGAAAAAGAACUACUUAAUUUCGAGGUAUCAUCAUAAAUCUCGUUCAUUUUUGAUACCACUCUCUGCAUUUAUUUAUUAUUGUCGUCGGACUGGAUUUUGACGACUUUAAUUCACUCGUUAACUGCCAAUUCGCUAGACUGGAUUAUGUAUUUAAAGAUGUAUAUAAUUAUAAUUAGCUAAAUAGCUACAUGUUACAGCUCCGACUUAAAUAUGCUCUUAAAUAUUAACGUCAUUUCUACAUUUGUAUCGUCAUAAUCAUCGCCUUUUGAUGAUAAGCCUUAAUAAUGUCACACCUGACCUGACCUGACCCCACCUGACCCCAUCAUAACUCACUACUUUGUUCGUUCGUACUACUAUCAUCUCAUCUUGUGAGGUCAAUCAAGUCCCCUUUUUGAACCAGGUGACAUGUGAAAAUUCUCAAAAAAUCAAGAAUAAUCAACUCGAUGAUGAUACGACGUGAAUUUAAAGAUCCCAUUUGUCAAAGCUUUAAUAAUUUUUUUCCCUGUGUAUUAGAAAAUGCAGGAUAUAAAAAAAUUGUCAAUUAAAUAUCCAAUAAUAAAUUAUUGUUAAAAUUUAUUACAUAUAUUUAUGUUUAAUCAGUAAAAACAUUUCUCCGAAUUAUUGCCCUAUUGAUCUGCCUCGUUUUUUGUGAAAAUUAUGUUUUUUGGGUAGUUUUUUUGUGAUUUUUUAGCCUCAUUAAAUAAUGUGGUCAAGUUUUAGGCGGAAUUUGCUUCAUGAAUACAUUUAUAAAUAUAUACUUGCAAAAUAUGUACGUUUGAAAAUCCUUUUUUUGUUGAUCCUUUCAUGAAUUGUUAAGUGAAGAAAUUGUUUGUUGUCGCCCAAUCGCAAUUAGGCAGGAGUUAAUUGGUGGAUAACUAUGUAACACGAUUUUAUUCACCAUUAUAAAAUAUAUAUCUCAACUAGUUUAAAAUGGAUAAUAAAAAAUAUUAAUAUGAAAGAUUUGCAGAAUA